GGUCGCAUCCCUGAAUUUGGCCCGUCGUAUGUUCCGCGCAGCUUUAUGUAGUGUCGGAGAAAAAAAUCGUUGAAAGUUGAUGACGAAAGGGGGCAAAACGAUUCGGCAAAACCGGAUAAGCGUUUAAGCUGUGCCGAGAGUGUAGCCCAGCGCGAAAGUGGGUGGAACGCGUGGGGCUUACGUUCUCUUGGCCUCUCGCUACGGUACGUGAUAGAAAUUUCGGCAUUUGACAAGUGACACAUCGAAUCGUAUCUAACGUCGUAUCUAACGCGGCGAUACAAUUAGACUUUAGUUUCGAAUUCAUUGCCAAGCCUGUUACCGGCGUGUAUGCCAUUGUAGUGUGCGGUGUUGGAACAAUUUUUUUUUCGUCGGUGUAUAAGAAAAAAAUGAGUUGUCAACGUAACGCUGGCAAGAUUACAGUGCCAGACGAGCUUCGGGACAUUCUGUUGGAGUUCACGAUUAGCUAUCUGUUGGAGCAACCAGUGGAUAUUAUCGACUAUGCCGUAGGUUUUUUCACGCAACUUCGGGAAAGCCGUCAAACUCAGAUAAUUCCGGCCCCUGCGCAGACCUGCUCUUCUACGCCGGACGAGUCCGUCGAUGAAGAACCGCCGAUCGGAAGGUUCGCGACCAGAAGGAAGAGUGUGUUCGCCGAAGCUUACAAUCCUGAAGAAGACGAAGAAGACGAUGGAGUCAAGAUGGUGCAUCCGAAGAGCGACGAGCAACGACAGAGGCUCAGCGAGAGUGUCAAGAAUAUUCUUCUGUUUCGGGCCCUAGACGAGGAACAAAUGGCGGACGUGCUGGACGCGAUGUUCGAGAAGAGCGUACAGCCGGGAGAAUACAUUAUCCGGCAAGGUGAUGACGGUGACAAUUUCUACGUCAUCGAAAGAGGAAAGUUCGAGGUGUACGUUAAGGAUCAAUCGGGCGCUAAAUCCAUGAUACACACGUACGAUGAUCGUGGUGCUUUUGGUGAACUGGCACUUCUCUACAAUAUGCCAAGAGCAGCUAGUAUCAAGGCCAUCACGUCCGGUACAUUAUGGGCUAUGGACAGACACACCUUCCGGCGUAUUCUUCUCAAGUCAGCCUACAAGAAGCGUAAGAUGUACGAGGAUCUUAUCAACAAGGUCCCGAUGCUCAAAUCCCUCGAGCCGUACGAACGCAUGAAUCUGGCGGAUGCUCUGCUACCGAAACAGUACUCAGACGGUGAACAAAUAAUUAAACAGGGUGACACGGCCGAUGGGAUGUACUUCGUCGAAGACGGCGUCGUCAGGAUCACCAUACUCGGUGAUUUCGGUCGCGAGAUCGAGAUUAACAGAGUUCCCGCUGGCGGUUAUUUGGGCGAAUUAGCGCUCGUGACACACAAACCUCGCGCUGCUUCGGCCUACGCUGUGGGCGACGUAAAGCUGGCCUUUUUGGACGUUGAAGCUUUCGAACGCCUACUUGGGCCUUGCAUGGAGCUUAUGAAGCGUAAUUUCGACGAUUACGAGGAUCAGCUAGUCAAAAUCUUUGGCAGCAAGGCUAACAUUACCGAUAUCCGAUGAACUGUUCGCCGACAGUGAUACGUUGCACUGCUGUACUAAAGGUAGACAACAAUCUUUCGUACAGUAAUGUAAAAUGAGCACAAACUUGUACCACCCACUUUAUGAAUCUCAUCCGCAUGUUUUCAAGCAUCAUCUCGAGUCGACUUUCGUAAUGACUGUUCACUUAGACGUGUACCAGUAAGAAUCGUCGUUAAUAGUUACCAAGUUUGUACCUAUAACACACACACAUACACACACACAUACAUAAAUACACAAAGAAAACACAAACACACGAAAAAAAAAGCUCGAAAAAGAAACAAAACUGUAGGCAUCUCGAUUGUUCGUGUCUGCAUCACAGUACUGAAGUGAACUCUCUUAAGACUGCAUCGGAUCAAGAAGUAUUAGCCUAUCUUGUCGUGUGCUCGAAACGUUAACAAGAUAGAAGUCUGAGUAUUAAGUAAGAUUUUCAUUGAAUCAUAGAAAAUGAAAGAUAUAAAAAAUGAAAAACAGAGAAUGGAAAUACUCGAAGUGAUGGCAACGUAUCACCAGACUCCUCGCACACAGUUCUCAGACGAUGUACCUUUCAACGCCAUUCUUUAUUCUUAUACUUGACACCUCUUGGGAGCUGUUGUUUCAAUCUUAAGGAUCGGAUUGAUUAUAAUUAUUUCGAUAAUCGCUUCGACGAUCGUUCACGAUCCCAUCGAAGAUGAUCAAGAUACUGUUCAAGUGUCUUGCGUUACAUUCUCUUCACCAAGUAGAAGGAGAAUUUUUAUUGAUAGCUUAUCGUCGAACUAUUAGCUUAGUUAUGAAAAGAAAGAAAUGUUAAUAUGGAAAUACACUGGAUAAACAAAACAAAACAAAAAAUAGUAAUAAUUCUUGGUCACCGGUGUAUUUUCACGAAUCACAGCUAUAAAGCUGUGCUAGAAAGAUUGAAAUAUUUAACAAAAAAAGGCAAAGAGCACAACAGGCAAGUUAGAGCAAUUACUUAGUACCUAUGAUACUGCAAUUUUUUAAACGUGGGAAACAGUAACUAUUUUCUAUAAAGAACGUACAAGCAUUUAUGUUCAUCCUUCGGUGAGAAAGGUGGUGGAGGGUAAGGAGGAUAUCGUUUGAAAACACUUUCGAUAUUUCCGUGUAACAAUUCCUCGGUAGAAAGUAUCUCUCUGUCAUUACAUUUAACAGAACGAUUUUCCUAAUUCCCAUGUUCCUAGUUUAAUCAGUUUUUGCUCUUUGCAUCGAUCAGAGAAAAAAAGAAAGUAUUACGAGACAUGCAUCAGUCGUGUGUGGCGCACAAUACAACAAAGAUUUAUUUAAUUGUUCAUAUAUAUAAUAUAUAUAUAUAUAGAUGUAUACGCGCAUCAUUAUAUCUGUCUGUGCGUAUAUUAUCUAUAUUUGUUAUCGCUUACCAUCGUUUGUUACGAUUCGAAAUAGAAUGCUUGCUGUGUAGCGCACAUCGUCGUAUUUUUUCAAUCGCGAAACUAUAUAUUAUACUUAUUUUCUUUCUUUUUUUCAUUUUCAAUAGAAAAAAAAAUGCCAAUCAUAUCAUCGAUAACACGCUCUACUUAUCGUUUUUGUCAACAUUCGCAAUUACGUCAUUUGCAUGAACGGACUGGUUUAUUUUCCAAAUUUUUGUCCCAUUAUCGCGGAAAGCAAAAAAGUAAAAAAGAAACGCUAAUUAAUUGAACCAGCUAUCUUCUCAUUGUAGACUCGAAUGCGCAACCAUAUGUUUUCACGCGAUUAUAUUGUACAAUUAUAAUAGACACCUGGUGUUGCGAUCGAUCGCAGGUGCUAAACGAAACAAACAAAUAAGAACCACGUUUUUUCUAAUUCCGUCGUAUUUUUAUCUAUCAAGAUCUUUAUACUCGCUGUAUACUAAUUAAAAGGAGGGAAAAAAAGCACAUUAUACGACAGUGUAAAAGAGAUGGGUGAGCAUUCUGGUCUUCAACCUGUUCAUGUGUGUCUUAUUGGUGAAUCCUGUUAACGAAUAUCGACCAAAAAGAAACCUAUGAACCUAUUUUUGUUACGCGUCUAUGGUACACGUUAUACAUGUAUAAUAUACGUCUGGCAUCGUGAUAAAAAGCAGUUUCAAACUAAUUUAAACGUUGUGCGAACAAGUGCGUGUUGCUAGUCACUUUUUUAACGACCGUCGCGUUUUCUUCUCGCGAUACGGUCGUACGUGUAAUUUUUAUUAUUAACUACGAAAGAAAGAAAGAAAGAAAAGAAAAAAAUAUAUAUGCUAUGUAUUCAUCGUGCGACUGAAACUCACUUAUAUAAGUGGUCAACUUUCCAAAUAAUAUCACAAUCACAGGAGGGAAGGAGGAGGAGACUAGCGUAUCGAAAGCAAAGAGAGCAAGUCAAAUAGCAAUAGGGAUUAAAAAACGGCGAACGUGUUCCGCGUCGUCGAGCCAUUGUUUUUGAACGAUUAUUUGUUCCAGUUCCUUUUCUUUUCUCAACGAAUGUAUUAUUUAAGAUUAUCGUUGCAAUCUCGUUGAGUAAUAUUCUAUCGAACGUACGUGCCAUUCUGUUAAAUUUCUCUCGAGUUUAACGAACCCUUUAGCCGUGUUUCUUAGUCUUCCACCGUGUCUCCAGGCUGUGAUAUUAUUUUCGGCGGUGUAUCUCAUUCCUUUCAUCUUAAGUCUAUAUUUGCGCUGAAAAGACGUCUCCUCUCGUCGCGGCAGCUUCCAAACGAACAGAAACAGCAGAUUAGAAGGAAGAGAGAAAUAAAAAGAGAACUUAGAAAAAUUAUAUCGUCGUAUUCAGGAAUUAUCUCGACCAAACUUCAACCCUCGGACGGUGGUGAAUGAAAGUUUAAUUUAACAUAAUUCUAAAUUUUAAAUCGCUUUUGUUUAAAAAUCUCCUCUAAUUCUAUUCGGGGGUACCCUUGCCGAUGGGUCCCGAGGUCUGGGUCACAAUUGAUCCGGCUACGCCACUCGAGGGUCGAUCGUUGAUUGCAUCGUUAAUGAAAGGUGAUUAGAAGUUCCGAUCGCGUUAACGUGUCGAGUAGAUAGGAAAAAAUAAUCGGGCAAUUAUCAAGAAAAACAUACAUGUAUAUUGCACACUGAAUUGAAAAGUGUACAGGGUAUUUUGUAACACAUGGGACAAAAAAAAAUUGAAAAAAAAAAAGGAAAUAAAAUAUGAUUUGUUGUACACCAUUGAAAUGGGUCGCAGCUGGUACAAAACACCCUGUACAUUUAAACAAAAGUACUUAUCUGUGCGGAGGCGACAGAUUCAAUGAAUUAAAUGUAUAAACGCUUAAUUAGAGUCGGCCCGAUUCAACUUUACUAUGUGUGUAUCUAAUAGUGUGGUGGUCUGUCUCUCUCCUAUGUGUCGCUCUUGUGUGCGUGUAUGUGUGUUUGCGACGACCGAGCCAGUAAUUUAUUAUACUUGAUUUGCAUGAACCGUCGUCCUGUUUCGUGUCGUUGUCAUUGAAGGUAAUCGAGCGGUAGAUGUAACAACUGAUCCAAAAGCGCGUUGCGAAUGAAUGUUACAUAAUUUGUAAUAGGUACACUUCAAGUUGUGUGCCAUCGGUUCCUUUAUUCGUGUUGUGCUCGUUUGAAGCGUGCCAGGUUGCUUCAAAUCGACGCGAUUCCAUAUCUAUCGUCACCAGUCUAGUCGAAAUCGCAUCACGAGUAGAACACCAUUCCCCUCGCGUACAAUUUCCAGGUGUAUUACUAUCGAACAUCCGUUCCAGAUAAACCCAUUCUUGCACGUAUCUAAGUGUAACAGUCUCUUGGCGUUGGACCAAGUAUCUUUAGAAGAAAAAAAAGAGAGAGAGAAAAAAAAUGAAAAAAGGAAGCUCGCGACUAUUUUCCUAACGCUUUUCUCUCCCCUUCUCAUACGAGUCUUCUCGUGUUAUCUCUAGUUCUGUGGGGGAAAAAGAAAAAUUUUUUGAAAGAUCAUUCGCCUUACUACACGCGAUGAUUCCACGCGUAUCAAACGUGCUCACGAUCGCCUGUGCGUAUGUGUAUGUGUGUGUAUAAAAUAAUAAGUUAAAGAUGUAAAUUUCACCGUCUCGUUGUCGCCACCCACGCGAUCCCAUUGUCCGUGCAAGAACUUCCUAUCAAAUAUAAUAGCCUUAACGUUUGCAUCAGUCAAAAAUCUUCAAACUCUUGACCGGUGAAUACACUAAAAGCAAUACGAGUAAUUCGACUCGAUUGCGUACCGACAAUCGUCCUCUAUCAUCGUCAAGUAACUCUCUUGAUGAACACAAUUGUCUGUAUAGUUUCGUGCAACUUAGGCUUGCUUUAAAGAAAAGCGUAAAAGAAGGAAUUUGUUCAUAUUCUUUGUCUGCGAAGAAAGGAGGUUCCACGUAAGGCGCUCCUCGGGUUCUCCAAGGAUCGAGAAGCCUACGUUGCGCCUGGGUGCAUAACAACCGAAUGAAAUAUUUUAUUUUUAAUUGUAGAAAUUAUUAAGGUGCUUUCGUCGAAGUAUAUGUUGAUUUUUGUAUGCGUGAAAAUGAUGUCACUGCAAUUGCACUUGGUAUUUAUUGAGGAGAGAGAGAGAGAGAGAAAGAAAAUGUCUACUAGUAAAAAGAUUACGAUAUUCGAUGAUACGCUAAAUAAAUUGAUCGUACUAUUUGCUGUUUUAAGUUAGCAUAAUUUUAGUGGUAGUUACUUUUCGUGAUCCACAUGCACACACAUACACACUUCUGCCCUCCUUGUUGUAUUUUUUGAUGCUCAAACCGUGAUUGUUUUGCAUAUUCGAGGCGAGCCAAUUGUAUAUCGCUUCCGAUGCGCGGUCCACGAGAGAUGUGUACGUUUUAAGCUGGAUUUAGAUUUUAUACACGUAUACGCUUGCGUAAGAUCAUCUCCGGUUAUGCGAGAGAGAGAAGAGAGAGAGAGAGAGAGAGAGAGAGAGAGAAAAGAAGAUUUAAAAAAACGAAAAAGAAAGCGUUGUAAACUAUAAAAAAAAAAAAACAAACAAACAAAGGAAUAGUAAUUAUUAUUAACGUACUUAACGGUUUUUCGUUUCACGAUGUGUUAUAGCGUAACAGACGUGCACAUACGUAUUAUAUACAUAUAGAUAUAUUAUAUACACAGAAUUAUAUAUAUUAGAUAUGUCAAUCUACAUAUAUAUAUAUAUAAUAUAUAUGCCGAGACUCGUUUCCAGCUGGUCUGAUCGGGUAUUACUUUAACGAUUAUAAUUGCGUUAACCUGGCAGCGAUGCGAUUGCGAGUAAAACACUUGAAAGAGGUGCGUGCAAUCACAUAGGAUAAUUAUAAUAGCGUAUUGUAUCUCUAUCGUCGUGCUUCGACGACAGCCCUAGUGAAUUGGAAGGGUAAAGAGUAGUAGUCCAUCGACGAUCAAAGUGAAUAAGGAGAUAACUGGUUGAUACUUCUGAUUAUUCGAUUCAUAGAUAUAAUAAUUGUAUAUGUGCGAUCGAGAAACUCGAGUAAAUAAGCAUCGUUUGUAAACAUAAAUGAUAUCCACCGUGAAAAAUUGGCGUUAUAAUGAAAAUCUCGUUAAUUCGUUGCAACGUGUAAAUCCCAAUCAUCAGAUAUCGAUAUCUAAGGGAAUAUAAGAAUAAUCGGAUACUCUGCUAAUUCCUUCGUAUGUAUUGUUAUUUAUCUGAAGGGAUUCGGUUUAAUUUAAGGGAAAUAUGUAUACAAGACGCAUUAGCACACUAGAUUGGAUUCAAUGUCCUACCAAAGGUGCAUGAGAUCUAAUGUUUGCGUUAAAUCAAUUGUUGUUACUUCAAAUUAUUGUUCUACGGAAACACCCCAAUGUGAAUUGUACCCGAAAAAUUAACGUUUCGGAUACAUGCAAGUGGAGAACCGUGGUGCGCUUUACCCAUACUCGAUUAGACGAUGAUACGUAGCUACAUGCUUCUUCUACAGCAUCACUGCCGGAUUUAGUAGCGGUGUUUCUCUUUUUCUUUUUUUUUUUUUUUUUUGAAUCGAACGAACGUACCUAAUUUGACGUUGUAAAUUUGAGCACAAAAAUAUUGUUCAAACCUGUAUAUUUUUAGUUGACCAUAUAAAUUUGUUGACUAUGUUCACAAAACAGUCAUCGCUUGCUCUCGUAUACUUACUCAUCGCUCGUAAUGGUACGGGUGCUUCGGUAAAUGGAACUCUUUACCGCUACCAUUCUGACGAUCGUUUACUUGUCUGUUUAUUUGUUCAAGAUGAGUUUGUAUUCGAGAAGCGAGAAAUAUUAGACGUACGGUGUACUAUGAAUAGAUAGUAUAAUGAAAAUUAAUAUAUAAUAAAUGAAUGGACCUGUA